AGUUAUUCUCCAGGAUAUCGCCAUGUACUCAAAACGUUUCCUCCUUGCUAACCACGUUUUCAAAAACGUCUCCGCCCUGCUUGGCGCAAAUCCAAUUUUAUUCGACAUCCGAACCAACAAAUUCUAUAGCACGCCUUAUUCCCGGUUCUCCACCCGAUUUAACUUGAUUUUACUUAUUAUUCAAUUCAUAUUUGGCACAUUUCGCCUCUUCACCUUUGGAUAUCUCUCAAAGAAAACUGAUCACGAACUUUUUAUCUUCAACGCUACGUACAUAAUAAUUUUGGCCAUGUUCAUCCCCCAAAUUUGUUUAGUAAUUUUGACCUUUAACUGCCAGGAUGAAGUCGACUGCUUGAACCAGGCUCUACAGUAUAUGUCGAGAAUUAGAGAAAAAUGGAUAACAUUAACAGAAAGAGAGUUCCUCUCAUCUUACCCCACGGGAUAUCUUCUUGAAUAUUUUCACUAUGUUGUAGCAAUAACGGUGGCGGGUUAUUGGUUUUUUGGAUGUGUUGCAAUUUAUUUGAUCGAGAUUUUACCGUUUCAUUGGAUUUCUCUGAUUCCCGUUCAACUAAGGAGCCGCGCCGUUUUAUGGGCGCACCUAGCGUUUUACGGGCAUGAGAUUCUUAUUUCCUCCAUCUCGGUGGGAAUAGCGCUGCAGAUUGUUAGUUCAUACAUUGAAAUGUGGAAAAUACAAUACCCAUUCUUCAUUACGUUCACCGGACAUACUUCCGCUGGAAUAUCGAUGCCUGGAGUUACUGCAUCGACGCAUAAUGUCUCACUUUUCCCUAGGAUUUAUACCGUUUCAAACUCUAGUCAUUCAGUUGUCAUUGUUCUGCAACUGGAUGCUCCUCGCACACUGGGAUGGGCUGGGAUUCUCCCGAUAUAUUAUGUUAAUUGGGGGAUUUACUCUCGUUUCAUUUUGGGCAGUGGUACUGCAAACGUGCGGAAAGUUUUACGCGAAAAAUAAGGAAUCGUGGAGACUCGUGGAGGACAAAUAUUUCCGAAAGUGGAGAAAGAGUGUGACACCGUUAUACUUUGGGCAUCCAGGAUACUACGUGAUUAAGCGGUUGAGCAUAUUAAAAUUCUGUAAAACAAUCAUUCGUGGGACGUUUAGGAUGAUGGUAACGUUGAAAAAUGUUUAAUUGGUAUUUGUUCUGGCUUUCAUUUAAUUUUUGUGAAAUGCAUUUUCAAGUUUCUGGAAUUGACAAAAGCAUAAUCUGUUUUGUACCUGCUAAAAUGUAGUACUAUGUAUAAAUAUACAUCGACAAAGUCAAGGAUAUUUAAAUGCGGAUAUAGUUGUAUAAGUUCUUGAAGCUUUAGGAGCCGUAAAUUAAGUGCGGGGUUGCGCAUGCACUUCUUUCAAUCCUGCUUGCAUAAAUUAUGGUGCUUUGUUAAGCAGGACUUUUUGGUCUCCUAUGGAGUUUGUGUAUUACUAAUUUCUAGAUGUCUGCCUGUACAUUUUUGUAAGUAAAACAAUUGUCCAAGUGAUUUAAAAAAUUGUGUGUUUGCAACUAGAGUUAAAAAACUGAGUUUGUAAUUACGUUAACUACCAUCCUUCCGUAGAGUAUUCAUGUGAGACGAGUACGUAUAUGUAGGCAUAUGUAUAUAGGCGUAGUCAUUUUCAUGCAUUAUAUAUUCUAUUCCUAAGUAAUCAGUCACUAAUGCCUAUUUACGAAGAAAUGUUUAUCUCUAUCUUGAAUUACAUAUAUGUGUACAUAUAUAUUUAAAUAAUAGAGAAUCUCUAACUACCCGGUAUUUUUUUUAAAAAAAUCCCCAAUUGUAUACCAAUCCAAACUUUUUUGCUGUCACGAAUAUCGAUUUUAUGUAUGUAUUUUAUUAGAAUAUUCAAUUAUCUAUGUAUGUAUUCAUUGUUAGGAGAAUUGAUACGAAAAAUGAGCAUUUUGAUUCAUAACGUCUGAAAUGAAAUUUUAAUAUUUACAUCAUUGUAUGUAUAUCCUUGGGAAUUUUUAGAAGUAUUUAAAUAUGCAAUGACAUGUUUUGCAAUAUUGUUUAACGAUUCCUGGAAAUGUUGACUUCGCUUCAUCUUUGUUCCCAGCUCAGCAAUGUGUCUCACUAAAUAAUAUCUUCAUGCAUUGUGAAACUGCAUGAAAAUGAUAAAUUGUGUAAAGAUUUGUUGAAAAACCUGUGUGAAAUGGGGACAAAAUUAUUAGUGUAUUAUUUUUUAAUAACUCGGGUACAUAAAUUUGUUUUUUACCCCUAAAAUCAAUUGAUUAUUCAACUUUACAUAAUCAUUCAAGGAAAUCUCGGUUGGGUGGUUGACCAACAUGUUGUGGAUCCUUUUCAACUAAAUGAAGCAAAAAAAUUCAUAUGUACACUCUAAGAAAUCCAGUCCUAAAAUGAUACCAGUAACAGCUCGCCUUUAGCGUUUUACCAUAUCGAUGAAAAAAGUACGGACUGGUAUAAUUUCAUUACCAAAUGGUAGAGACUUUAGUAUCGGGAAAUCAAUACUUUUGUCACUGUCCAAGAUUCUGACGUUGUGUAAGUACAUAAACAAAUAAAUAUUACCUGCAUCCUGUGUUCAAACGAA